CUGGUUGCACGCGGCCAACUAAAAACAAAUCAGAAAUGGAGCAAACGAAUCCAUUUUACGACUUAAGUAUAAUAUACAACAAAGAUGACAAGGUGAUGCGGGCCCUAUUGAAUGAACUCGUGGACUUGGGCUACAAGACCAUUGCCAUCGAACAGAGCUUCGAUCACAGCAAAAAGGAGCCUGGAAAGCGGGGAUCCGAGAUGUUUCCCGAGCCCCACAAGAUCGAGCACCUGCGCAAAGAGUUCCAGGGCAAGCUGAGGAUCCUUCAGAGAAUAACCAUUCUCUACGUGGACGUCAAUGUCUCACAUGCAAUGAGUGUUUCACUGAAUCUGCGAAAGUUCAACGUUAUAGCUGGACAACCCAAAACCGAUGCUGCGCUGACGCACUGCUGCACUUCUUUUAAUGGCGAGCUUGUCACCUUUGAUCCUGUGGCUGGUUCCAGGCUGUUGGUUAAUCGAAAGGCGUACCAAAUAGCAGUCCGACGUGGCAUGUUUUUCGAAAUCAAGUAUGCUCCUGCGAUAGCCGAUUCGAAUAACCGAAAGGACAUGAUCAAAAUUGCCCAGAACUACUGCACCAAAGGCAAGUCAAAAAACAUUAUCUUCAGCAGCGGGGCAGUACACGAGUUCCAAUUGAGAGGCCCCUACGAUGUUGCCAAUUUAGCCUAUAUAUUUGGUUUGUCAGAGGAUCAGGGCAAGAAUGCUGUGGAUCGGAACUGUAGGAAACUUUUCUUAAAAGCCGAAUCCCGGCGCAUGGGAAAGACGAUCAUGUUUGUCAAAGGAAAUGGACCUAUCGUUUUCUCAGACAGUUCCGAGGCAGAAGAUGAUCAAGAAAUGGAGGAUCUUCAAGCAGAGUUGAAUGAAACUAGGGAAAAUAAUCAACCCAAUAAAAGACUAAAAGUGCACUGAACCAA